AGAUUCAGAUUCAAAAGCUGCAGCUCUUGUAUCUUUUUCUGUAGUGGACCAGAUAAGCAGCAGUGGCAAAAUGCGCACCUCAAGUCCAUUGUCAGCUCGUUGUGGCCCCUUCGGCGUUGCACCCUCCUGCUCCACCUCGCAUUCGAAGUACCGUCCACUGACGCUCGCGAAGCCGGCGGCCAACACUGUUCCCAGUACCGCAGCUUCGACUGCCCCCGAGAGUGUCGAACGGUGCUAUUUUAGCAUUCUUUACUCCGCUCAGCCGUACCAGCGGAAACGCAAAUGCUUUCUCCAGGGGUUGCUCGUGGUUUGCGCUAAAGCCGUGCGAGGCGAAGAUGGGCAGCGGCAACUCAAAAUUGUGAAGACCGAGAUCAAGAACGAUAAAGGUGAUACCGUUCGGCAGUUUCGUAGUUUUGCGACGAGUAAAAAUGCAGCCGGCUCGAGCCGCGGUGCAUCGAUAGCGCUGUCGAUUCGAUUCGUGGAAGAUUUGCGGGCAGCGCAGCGCGAAGUAGGCGGCGAGCUGGGCUACCAUUGCGGUAUGUUUCUGGAGUUGGGCGACGAAGUUUCAGAGGCGGACUACUUAUCGGGGCAAAUGUUUCUACCUGUAACUUCUGCAGCUCCUAACGUAAUGAACAAGAGAAGUUCCUCAUCGCUUUCACUGCAGCCUGUGGCACUUGGUCCUCGAGGUUCUGCACCCACGGUUUCCAAGAAUAUGGACCGCCAUUGCGAUCGCGAAGGAGUGCGUGCUGUAGUACUGCCAUCAGCGACCAUGGGAGCCGGAAGUGUUGAGUCGUCUGUUCGAGCGCCGGCACAAGAUGAGCCGGAAGCGAAAAGGCGACGUGUUUUGCUGCCUUUAAAGAAGCGCCAGAUGCUCGGGAGAGGCGCAACCACGACUGCAGCAGCUGCGCCAUCGGUCGGACCGACUUCUGGUGCGGCACUCCAACAAACCAUUUCGAGGACCAACCAAAAGUAUGCAUGCUUGCAAUUGGCCGAACACAGGAGCACACACGAAUACGCCCCGUCCAGUGACGAGCGUUUCGCAUCCGUCCUCACAGCCUCGUCUAUUCCAUCGACUGAUUCAGAAGUGUCCGGGCUUCUUGUGCCGUUCGAGCACCCUGAAAAAAUCGCAUCUUCAAGCUGUCAGGUCGGCAAGAAAAAGGAGGUAUCCAGCACCUCGACUGCGAGAGAACAGUGCGCGAAUGACGCGAUACCCCAAGUAGCUCCAUGUUUCAUCGACCGAAAGACGCAAAGAAUCUCGGUCGACGCGGAACUAGCGACAAAGCUGCGGCCGCAUCAGCUCGACGCACUUUAUUUUCUCUACGACCGACUGUAUGACGGGGAUGUCGGUGUGGGCGUCGCGACGAGCAAUAAUGUAGCUGCCAUCUUCGGGACACCAGCCUCGUCGACGAGCGCAGCUGCACCCAGGUUGCAAGGAGUGUGUCUGGCUGAUGACAUGGGACUCGGGAAGUCUCUUACUACGAUUGCGUUCAUGUACAGCAUGAUUCAAGCCAAGGUGCUCCGCAAGGCGUGCAUCGUCUGUCCGGCGUCGCUGACGUCCAACUGGCAGAAGGAGAUCUGCAAAUGGCUGGGCGAGCGAAAGCUCCGGCCGACCGUUAUCAUCGGGAACAGCCACACGAAGCGGCUUCUGAAAAACCAGACCUGCUCGGAAAAGAUGGAGUUCGUGAUCAAGGCAUGGGUAUCAAGAGUAAAAAUGUCUGGGUCUGGAGGAUUCUGACACUUGUCAUGCAUGUUUUGCAUGAGCCAUGAUGUCUGUAUUGCAUACCCUAGCAUUACAGAUUUUUUGAGAGCUUCUUGAUGCCUAUUCCGCAUGACAAAUGCCCUCUCCGCGUAGCAGGCAGAGCCGUCGUCCACAUUUGCCCAGGCAGAGCCGUCGUCUUGCUGGACACAACCAACAUUUGUCCAAAACAGCCGAGGGCCAAGAUGACACCGUGAGGACGACCACAGGGGGUCCGUCUCCAAGAAGAAGAAGAAGUAGCAAAAAUUUCAUUCCUUUUGGUACUCAUGCAGUACAGAUUUUUCUGGAAUCCAAAUGCAGCAUCACAAGUUGAAUUCUUCCAGACCCAGACAUUUUUACAUUUGGUAAUGGGUGAACAGCAAGAAUCCGAUGGCGGACAAGCUUUUGAUCCUCUCCUACGAGCAGCUGCGCAACCACGCGGAUGCGCUGGCUCUCGGUGUGGACUUCCUGGUGCUCGACGAGGGGCACCGCAUCGGCAGUGGUGGCUCGCAGACAGCGACGAGCUUGCACAAGUUUCGGAAGGCGAAGAAGCUCCUCCUGUCCGGAACACCCCUGCAAAACAACCUCGACGAAUUUUUUGCCUUGAGCGAAUUUCUGAACCCCGGACUUCUCGGCUACGAUUACGAAAAGGUGUUCAAGAAACCGAUUCUGAAGGCUCGCGACAAGCACGCCACAACAGAGACGAAAAAACUCGGCGACGCCCGGUUCCACCAUAUGAACAUGAUCACGCAACAGUGGCUGCUCCGAAGAACGGCGAACAUGGUGCUCAGAAAAGUGUUGCCGCCCAUGCAUACCUUGCUCCUCUUCUGUCCGCUGAGCCUGCAAUUUCAGAAGCUGUACACAGAAAAAUUGAUGGGAGCUGCACCAUCAACAAGCUUUGGUACUACGAAUACUGCAGGUCGUGGGGCGCCGUCGUCCUCCACCGCGUCGUGCGAUACAAGAGCCGGUGGUGGCGGGCACGGUGUGUUGUCGCUCCUGUUGGAACUGCGGCGCAUUUGCUUCGAAGGCAAGAUGGAGUUCGUCAAAGCGUUUCUGCGGCGCCUGAGCUUGCGCCAGGAAAAGUGCGUUUUAGUGAGCAACUUCACACGGUGCCUCGACCACGUGGAAAGAGUUUUGCAGGAGCUGGCGGUGGAAAGCCGUGCACUGGGGACUACAACGGCGUCUUUCAACUACGAACGGCUGGACGGAAGCACGAGUCAGAAGCUGCGCGGCCCGAUGGUGGAACGCUUCAAUCGAAUUCCCGACGACGUCGAGGGUAGUUUCAGUGUCGUGAACAGCGGCGCGAAGAGUGAAGGCGACGACGAAGAACCGCUGUCCGGUGCUGCAGUGCAGUUUUUUCUUCUUUCCGCGAAGGCCGGUGGGGUAGGUUUGAAUCUGAUCGGGGGAGCCAAGCUCGUGAUGUUGGACCCUGAUUGGAACCCCGCCACGGAUGCCCAGGCAAUGAGGCGCGUGUGGCGGGACGGGCAGAAGCGGGAGGUCUUCGUGUACCGUCUGGUAACGCCCGGGUCGAUUGAGGAAUGCAUUUUGAUGCGGCAGGACAAGAAGCAGGAUCUCUUGCAGAACGUCGUCGUGUCGGCGGAUGCACUGAAAAAAUCGCACACAAAUUUGACGCUGGCGGAAGUGCGGCACCUGUUCCAGCUUCGGGGAUAUUCAAAACCGAAAGCGAAGGCCGCGGCUGCGUCGAUUGAUAAAGAAGUGGAGGUGGAGCCCGGGGCGGCACCUAGAUGGCAGUGGAAGCCGAGUGAGUAUGUGCGCAGGAUGCCGGUCUGCGGAUUUGAGUUGGCGGAACGUGCAUGUCUACUCUCACGCGACGAUGAGGACACUUCAAAUCUGAUCCCGAGUCAGUGGCACAUCGCAGUUGCACCACAUGAGUUAGACGCAGGGGACAGUACAGACGAUGUAGAAGUACAGGAAGACGAGGAGACGAAGUCCGGUGAUAUGGAAGAUGGAGUUAGCACCACUGGACUUCUGGAAGACACCUCCGAGUUUGCUUUGGUCGCAUGCUGA